AUGAGUCUGAAAGGAACUCAGGACUUUGCAUUGAAAUUAGAUUUACUUGGCGCACUAUCUGCUACUGUGCGUUGUGACCGGUUGCGUCCGCUUUUGUUGCGCGCUUUUCAGUCUGCUUGUUCAUUCAAUAGUUCCCUGCUUGUUCACUGCCAGAGUCAAGUGUUGAGGCCCUUUACAUGUGAUUCAUGUCUUCCGCCAAGAGUUUGA